AGAGUAACCUAAGUGUUCGAAACCAAUCCGUUAGUUUUUGAAUUCUUACCACGGCAACACGGGUCGCGAUUUGACGGUGCCGUCGCGAUUUGACAUCUGGCACUUUGUCUUGCUUCUCGAACGGGACGGUACCUGUAUAUUGACGGUCUACGCUAAAGUUGUGUAUCAUCGCUAAUCCUUAUCCAUUCCUGCCCCAUACCCUUCUCCCUAAGUGAUACGGCGUGAGAAGACGAAGGCAUCGGUUCCGGUGAGUGAUUGCAUGAUAUUUUGUUAAAAUAGUACAUACGGCGCCGCGAAUCGCGGCACAAGUUCGACGCGCACCUCGUGCUGGUUUCCGUAGCCCUAGGCUGCCACGAGGUCGCUGGGUUCGAAUCGAACAAUUUCUGGUAGCAGAGCGUGGUUAGAUUUCUGAAAUCUAUAGUAAUUACCACGAAUGUAAAAAUUUUUACGUCUAACCUCACUUAAUUUUGUUACUAGUCAGCAGAAGUAGUGUAGGCAUAGGGUUCGGUUCUGUUUAAACUAUCAUUCUGCUGACCUAGGUCAGGUCAUUUAGUGUGUUUCUAUCCACCUGGUUAAGAAAAUUAGUGAGUAGUAAUAGUUAGUAAUAGUAAGACUGAUUUAUUAGCUUCCACUGCGCAUAGCUGACUAAUUGUACGUGAGUUGGACAGCUGUGCUGGCUGAGUUUAUGACCUAGCACACAGCUGCUACAGUGGUCAGCUAUUUUCAUACUAUUACUACAGAUUUAUGUUAAUUCUGCUCAUCAUAGCAGUAGAUUACCACAUCUAUUUAAGCAUUAUUGUGUGUAACAAUCUGAAUGUUAUUACAGUUUGGGUUUAUAAUUUAUUAUUAAUUUGUGUAUGAUUGUAGCUCACUUCCUACUUAUAUUUUAGUAUAAUUGAGCUGCAACACAUUUGUAAUUGAAUAUAACUGGAGUACUUGUUGAACUUGUAGUAGUAGAUUGCUGGUUGGGCCCUGUUUGGAGACUAGCUUAGUUAUAGUCCAGAGGCCAACGGUGUAUGAGUGUCAUUUCAAAACUUAUACCAGCAAUUUGCUAUUAUAUAUAUUUUUUGUUAUUUGUUUUAAUUUGUUCUAAAUUUAAAUUACUUGUUUGAAUUUGUGGUAGUGGAUUGCUGACUGUGGGCCCUGCUUGGUGACUGGCUUUGGUAUAGUCCUGAGGCCAUCAGUGUUUGAAAAUUAAUUCACAAAUUUUUAUCAGCAAUUUGCUAUCAUAUAAUUAAUUUUUAAUUUUAAUUUUGUUAUUUGACUUACCCGUUGAACGGUGUGAAUACUUUGUGAUAGUAAAUUGUUGAUUGGGUCCUGUUUGGUGACUAGCUUCUAGUUAUAGUCUAGAGGCCAGGUGCGCUUGAGUUUAGUUACAACUCAAAACCUGGUAUCAGCAAUUUUCUAUCUUAUAACUUUUAAUUUUAAGUUUGUUCUUAUUUGUUGGGGUGUCCUUGGUACAGUGGUGAGGUCUAGGUUACCUAAAUACUUAGGAGUAGGAAUAUUUUGGUGGGCUCACUCGUACACUCCUUUAAAUAAUUCCUUUGUUUUUGUUUUGAAUUUUUACUUUGAAUUUUUUUUUUUAUUUUUUUUUUUGAUUUUUUUUUUUGAUUUUUUUUUUGAUUUUUUUUUUGUUCUGGUUGUAAACUGCAAGUAACAUGUCGGUGUCCUACAUUCGCGGGAAGGUGACUAGUGAGCUCCGAUGGUUCGCAUCAGCUCAUGCUUUGGUUGACAGAACGGAUAGGGAUGCGGCAUUGCUCGAUAGGGCGUCUCAGGUGCACGAACGGUUGGAGGUAGUGUACGAUCGGUUGUCUGACCUCGUUGCUUUGGGGUCCGAAGUGGAGAAGGAGGUGAUCCAUGCCAUCGGUCUUGACGUGGACCAGUGUCAGGAGUACGCUGAUGCCAUUCUGCAACGGGUGGCCGAUAUUAAGAAGCAGUCGCCUUCCGGUGGUAAUGGAGGUUCGGGAACUUCGUCAGGCGUCAUAUCACGCCUCCCCUCCAUCGACCUGCCGAUCUUCCACGGUGAUCUGAACGAGUGGGUCGGCUUUAUAAAUUUGUUUGACAGCCUGGUCCAUGGUCGGUCGGACUUGACUGCCUCUUAUAAGAUGGCUCAGCUUCGGGGUGCUCUGCGAGGUGAACCUGGUGAAUUGGUGGCACACUUGCCUAUCACCAACGACAAUUAUGCGGUCGCACGCCAGAUCCUAUUCGACCGAUAUCAAAAUCAACGACGGUUGGUAGACGCUCAGCUGGCCAGGCUGUUUGCGAUACCCAAACUUUCUCGGGCGUCCGAUAUCAGAACCGAGGUACUGAAUCCAGUUACGGUGGCCACUAAGGCCUUGGGCAAUCUGGGUCUACCAGUAGACCAAUGGUCAUAUCUGCUCUUUUAUAUUGUUGCAGGUAGGGACGAACUGCCUACCCUGGCCAAUCUGCUGGCAUUUUUAGAAGCCGAAAGUCGCAGACACGAGAUUAUGCCACCACCCUCCUCCUCUGGGUCGCGUGUGCCGGCUUCCGGCCACGCCGUUUCGGUUGCUCAGAGGGGAGGGGGAGGGGAUAAGAGGGGGCCGUCUCAACGACUGACUGCGCUCAUGGCAGCGGUGGGAGGCCCACGGUGUGCCUUCUGUCAUGAGAGCGGGCACGACGUAGCCGCCUGUCCGAGGUUCCGGUCGACGCGCAUCAGGGGUAGACGCAACAUCGUUGCCCAGCGGCGAUGGUGCUUUUUUUGUUUUGGGCCGCACACGGCGAGCGUCUGUCCACAGCCACAAUUGUGCCCUAAUUGCGACGGUCGGCACCAUGCCCUCCUGUGUCUGGAGUCUGCCGCCACUCCGAGGUCAUCCGGACGCAGUCAUCCAGCCUCGCCGACCGGUGAGCGCACCGGUCGUAGCCCUCGCCAAUUCGGCGGCGUGGACCCUCGGGAAGAGGCUUCGCAGGGAGGCGCCGGGUUAGGUACUGCGGGCGGGUGCCAGCGGAUGCCCACUAGCUACGCCGGGGUGGCCACGUUGUCCCCCCGUGCGGGGCCGUGUUCGCCUGCUGGAUCGAGUAGCCCUGCUCACUUGUCUCCCCUUCCCUCAGAAGUACGGUUUUCCCCUCCGCUGAGGGAGCGGCCGACGCUGGAGCGACUCCCUCCAGUGUUUGGCCCGUUUGGCCAUCGUACACGGAGGUAUAUGAGGCGGGACGGGAAACGAGGGCCUUAUGUGGGAGCGUGGGAUCCGCUGGCACGCUACGACCUUCCGUCGCGCGCCGACCGGGAUAGCGGGGACCCGGGCCCCCGCUAGGAAAUUGCCGCUCACUGCAGUGUUGCCCCAGCCCCAGAAGCUGUUUUACUUCCUACCGCUUCUGUUCGGGUGUUGGAUUCGGAUGGCAACACUGUGUUUGCUCGAGCUCUGUUGGAUUCCGGCGCACAGGGCAGUAUUAUGUCGAGCAACCUUGCAGUACGGUUGGGCAAUCCUAUUUACAAGUCUUCUUAUUCUAUUCGUGGAGUGGGCAAUGUUAGAAUUUCGGACGUGAUCGGUCACACUUCAUUUAUUUUCUCAUCGAAUCCCAACCCUCGCUUACAGUUUAGAGUCUCAGCUUUGGUGAUGCCUGAGGUGAUAGGUCGUCACCCUCCGGUGAAGGUAAACAGUUACAUACGGUCAUUGACUUCAGACUUACGGCUAGCGGACCCCAAGUUUGACACCCCGGGGCCAGUAGACGUACUACUUGGGGCGGAUGUACUAGGGAAGCUGCUCCUGACUGGGAAGCGCGUUCUUCAUGCGGAGGGUUUGGUUGCAAUGGACACAAAAUUAGGGCAUGUAUUGUUGGGUCCUGCGUUCCGGCCGGUCGCUGCGAGGAAAUCGGACAAUUUUCUGGUCGGGUCUACGCUUUCGGAAGUAGUCCAACGGUUUUGGGAACUAGAAGAACCUCCUACAGCUUAUCGAGUUAACCCGGAUGAGGAGGAAUGUGAGCUGUUUUACCAGAAUAAUACGGGUCGUCUCUAUUCGGGCCGGUUCUUGUUAAGACUUCCUUUUCGGGCGAAUCGCCCACUGCUAGGCAGUUCGAGGAAGGCAGCAGAGACUAGACUUUUGUCAAUGGAGAGACGCAUGAGGCGCGACGCGGUGUUCCGGCAGAAAUAUGUUGAGUUUAUGCGGGAGUAUGAAUCCUUAGGUCACAUGUCGGUUUCCAAGGUAGAUUGGAGUGCUACAGAGCACUGUUUCCUGCCUCAUCAUGCGGUUUUGAAAACUCCUAACGGGAAAAUUAGGGUCGUGUUUGACGGUUCGGUCACGACCUCCUCCGGCGUCUCGUUAAAUCAGUGUCUCCAUUCGGGUCCAAAGCUGAACCGGGACAUUUCAGACAUACUGACGAGCUUCCGCCGGCACCAGAUCGUUUUCGUGGCAGACAUCCGUAUGAUGUUCAGGCAAACGGUGAUUCAUCCGGAGGAUAGGCGGUAUCAACUCAUUCUCUGGCGUGAAAGCUCAGAUGAGCCCAUAAAAAUUUAUGAACUGAACACGAACACUUACGGGUUGCGGUCGAGUCCAUAUUUGGCGGUUCGUUCUUUGCGGGAGCUGGCAGUGAGGGAACGGUUGCACUACCCUCGUGCUGCGGACAUUUUGGAACGGGACCUAUAUGUCGAUGACGUAUGUACGGGCGCCGACAGUGUCGAAGAGGCCUUAUCACGCAAGGAUGAACUGAUCCGCCUUUUGAGCAGGGGCGGGUACGAGUUGAGAAAAUGGCUGUCUAACUGUCCUGAGUUGUUGACUGAUUUGCCAACGGAGUAUCAACAGGAUCCCCAUCUUUUCGAGAAUGUCGAUAACCCUAACAUGCUGUCGGUCCUAGGGAUUCAAUAUCGUCCGAUUCAAGACGAAUUUACCUAUCGGGUGGAGUUGGAAAAUCCAAAGGUAUGGUCUAAGCGAACGGUGCUUUCCACAAUUGCUCGAACCUUCGAUCCAAACGGUUGGAUCGCUCCUGUCACCUUUCUCUUAAAGUGCUUCAUGCAGCGACUGUGGUCUGCUAACCUGUCAUGGGACGAGGGGAUUGCUGGUGACCUAUUGAAGGAUUGGUUGAACUUUUUCUCGUCUCUCCCUGAUAUUAACCACGUGUCAAUACCUCGGAAGCUGGUUCCUGCGGGCAAAUACAAGGCGUCUCUCCACGGGUUUUCGGAUGCCUCGGAACGCGGAUUCGCAGCUGCGGUAUACUUGCGAACGGUUUCUUCAACUGGAAGGGUUGAUAUACGGUUGGUGUUAGCUAAGAGUAAGGUCGCUCCGCUUCGGACACGCAUGACGAUUCCGAAGCUCGAGUUGUCUGGUGCCGCUCUGUUGACUAGGUUGUUAAACCAUACAGCUACUAGUUUACGGUCGGUUAUUGAUUUAGAAAACACUGUCUAUGCUUGGACAGACAGCCAGAUAGUGUUGUGCUGGUUGAAGGCUUCGGUUCAUACACUUGAAGUUUUCGUGGCCAACCGUGUCCCCCAGAUUCAAGGUUCUGAGGUCCCUCUAACAUGGAGACACGUGCCUGGUGAGCUCAAUCCGGCGGACUGCGCUUCUCGGGGAUGCUUAGCAUCGGAAAUAGUUGAUCAUCAGUUAUGGUGGGGUCCCCAGUGGCUCACCAAGAAAGCUUCUCAGUGGCCUCCCUCUCGCAUAGAAGUUCCUCCAGGUCUCGUGGCUGCACCGGCGCAGUUCGAGGAUCGAGGAGUGAUUCAGGGGUUGGAUUUGGAUCUGCUCAUCAACCGUUAUAGCUCCUUGGACAAGCUGGUUAAGGUUACCGCCUGGAUUUUGAGGUUUAUUCGGAAUUGUCGUUUGCCGGUGUCUCAACGCAAUAUGACACCUGUUGUGUGUCCCAUCGAGCGGAAGAAGGCGCUGCUGAAAUUAAUUGAAGUUGUGCAAGCCACCAGUUUUCAUUUAGAAUUGAAGGCGCUAAGGACUGAGCGCCCUAAGCUUCGUGGAGCUAUCGCUCGUCUUAGCCCCUUUGUAGACGGCCAGGGGCUGAUUCGAGUGGGAGGUAGAUUAAGUAACUCCAAUUUACCUUAUUCGGCGCGCCAUCCUCUUUUACUUCCCAAGAAGAGCCAGUUAGUUGACCUGUUGGUGAUGGAUCGCCACAUCGCAAAUUCGCAUUCCGGUUGCAAUGCGCUGCUGGCAUCCCUCCAGAGGGAAUUUUGGAUUCUGUCAGGGCGUCGUACGGUUCGGAGCGUCCUUUUCCGGUGUUUACCCUGUUAUCGGCUUAAGGCGUCUACGAUGCAGCCUCAGAUGGGAGAUCUGCCUCCAGACAGAGUGAAGAAGAUGAGGCCAUUUUCUGGAGUUGGUACGGACUUCGCUGGGCCCUUCAUGAUCAAGGCUUCACGUUUGCGGAAUGUUAGGUUAAUUAAGGCUUAUCUGUGCGUCUUUGUCUGUCUUUCAACCAAAGCUGUACAUCUUGAAGUUGUUGCCGACCUUACAACUGAAGCCUUUAUUGCGAGCUUGGAUAGAUUUGUGUCCCGUCGAGGUUUACCCGAAUUGAUACGCUCCGAUAACGGAACGAAUUUUGUAGGUGCGGACCGUUACUUGCGGGAUGUAGUAAAUUUCUUGAACAAUAACCAGGUGGAUAUUGAAACGGCCCUCUCUCGUCGCGGUAUUCGGUGGACCUUCAGUCCUCCAGGAUGCCCCCACUGGGGUGGAAUUUUCGAGGCAGUAGUAAAAUCGGCUAAGACUCACUUGAUGCGCGUGAUAGGGCAAACCUCGCUCACCUUUGAGGAGUUAACUACGGUAUUUUGUAAAAUUGAAGCGGUACUUAAUUCACGGCCGUUGUGCCCGCUCAGUUCAGACCCGAAUGACUUGGAGUCGUUAACUCCAGGCCAUUUCUUGAUAGGACAGCCACUCAAUGCGUUGCCGGAGUAUCCCCUCUCGGAUAUCAAGCCUGGACGGUUGAGGCGAUACCAGAUGUUGCAGCAGAUGUCCCAAGAUUUUUGGAAACGUUGGUCCCUUGAGUAUUUACAUCUGCUCCAGCAGCGCUUUAAGUGGACGGAUAGAACCAGUCCCCCUCACGUCGGUGACCUUGUGUUGGUUAAGGAUGCUAACCUGCCGCCACUGCGUUGGCGUAGGGGGCGCAUUGUUAAUCUGUUUCCCGGUAAGGAUGGGACCCCUCGGUCUGCAGAGGUUCUGGUCGGGGACUCGGUUCUCAAACGAGCGGUCACAACGUUGUCCCGGCUGCCAGUUGAUUAGGGACAGGUAGGGGACCUGUCCGGGCGGGUGACUGUUCGAAACCAAUCCGUUAGUUUUUGAAUUCUUACCACGGCAACACGGGUCGCGAUUUGACGGUGCCGUCGCGAUUUGACAUCUGGCACUUUGUCUUGCUUCUCGAACGGGACGGUACCUGUAUAUUGACGGUCUACGCUAAAGUUGUGUAUCAUCGCUAAU